AUGUUUCAAGGUUCAACGUUUCUAAUAAUAAAGUCAAUAGGUUUAUCUGAUCAAAUAGCUGAUAAAUUAAAAUUACAAUUAAAUACUUAUUAUGCAACAAAAAUUUAUAUAAAAGAUGAAUUUGAUAAUUCAAUAAAUUAUAUGGAUCCACCAAUUAUUACUCAUAUUAUAACGAAUUCAAUAGAAUUUAUUGAAUAUUCUCAAGCUUUAAAAUCAAUGAUUCCAAUUAUAACUCCAGAUUGGUUAUAUAAUUCAUUAGAUGCAAAUUAUUUAUUACCAAUAAAAUCUUUUAAUCCUGAUCCUUCAUAUUUUUUUAAAAAUUGUUUUAUAUGUUGUGCUGAUAAUUUACCUCAAGGUGACAAAGAAUUAAUUUAUUCUGGUAUAAAAGCUUUUGGUGGUAAUUAUCUUGAUAUUUUAACAAAACAUACAACUCAUUUAAUUUCAAUGGAUAUGACUAAUGAAAAAGCUAUAGUUGUAUCAAGUAUGAUACCUGAUAAAGAUAAUAAAGAUCCAAUUUCAAAUAUAAAAAUCGUAUUACCUCAUUGGAUUGAUCAUUGUAUUACAAUGGGUAAAAAAUUAGAUGAAGAAAAAUAUUGUUUACCAGAUUCUGAUUCUUUUGAUUUAAGUAAUCAUGAUAUGUAUUUUGGAGAUUUAGCAAUGGAAUUUAGUAAAGAAGCUCUUUUACCAAUAACAAGUGAUUCAAUACCUAAAACUACUUCAAAAAAUUUAGAUUAUUUUCAAGAUAAAAAGAUUUUCAUUAGUAGUGAUUUUAAUCUUUCACAAAGGUUAAGUAAUUCUUUAAAAUGUUUAAUUGAAAUACAUGGAGGUAUAUUCAAUUCUAAAUUUGAUGAAAAUAAAAUUGAUAUUUAUUUAGGUAAAUAUCGUAAUGGAGAUGCUUAUAUUAAAAGUAAAUUAAAUAAAAGAAUAAUUAUUGGUAAUUUACAAUGGUUUUAUUCAAUAUUAGUUACUAAAAAUUGGACAUUACCAUUAAAUUCAAAUAUACUUUAUUAUCCAAUACCUAUGCAUCCUAUUGAAUAUUUUAAAAAUAUCAAAAUAUCUAUAACUAAUUAUAGUGGUGAUGCUAGAAAUUAUUUAUCAAAGCUAAUCACUUUAAUGGGUGCAACUUUUACUAAAACAUUAACAAAAGAUAAUCAUUAUUUAAUUUGUGCAAAACCUGAAGGUAAAAAAUACGAAGCUGCAUUAAAUAAAUGGGUAGAUUCUAAUGGUAAUCCUGAAGUUCAAAUUGUAAAUCAUUUAUGGUUAGAAGAUUGUUUUAUUCAAUGGACUAAAUUAGAUGAUUCUGAUAUAAAAUAUAGAAGUUUUGGAAAUAAUGAAGAAUUAGGUAUGGAACCUUUAGUGGGUAAAGCUCAAUUGGAUCCAGAUUUAUUAAAUCCAAUAACUAAUCAAGAAGUUUCUAGUAAUAUUGAUGAUAGUAUGAGUGAAGAUGAAGCUACUCAAUCUAGAACGAAAACAAAUCCAACAGUAAUAUCAAGUAUUGAACAAAAAUUAAAAAAUGAACAAGAUCAACAAACAAAUUUAUCAUCACCAUCACCACCACAAGAAGUCAUUAGUGUGAUGUCACCACCAAAUGGAACCCCAAAUAAAUCUACUGACGUAACUGAAGAUAUUAUAUCACCAAAAACUCCAAAAGACACCACCCCUAAAGAUUUUAAAAUACCGACAACUAUCUCACGUUAUGGUGGUAGAUCAGCAGCUAAAAAGGCAGCAGAGAAAUUACAUAAUAAUAUGAGUGAUUUAAAUGAUUAUUUACAGAUAUCAAAAAGUAAACAAAAAAUGAAAUCUUAUAUGGAAGAAUUAGAAAAUUCAAGUAAUAAUAAAAAAAGAAAAAAAGAAUCAGAAACUAAUGUUAAACAAGAAAUAGAAGAAAUAAUACCAAAAGAUGUUAAACGUCCACGGACAGAAGAUUGUGAUGUUAUUGCAAUAAUGACAGGAUGUGAAUCAGAAAUUGAAUUGAAUAAAAAUCAAAUUAACAAAUUACAAUCAAUUGGAAUUAAAAUAAUAACAGAUUUAUCAAAAGCUAAACCAAAUACAUUAAUUGCUCCAAAAAUAUUAAGGACAGAAAAAUUUUUAAGAAGUUUAAGUAAAGUUGAUAAAAUUGUUCAUCCAAAUUAUUUAAUUGAUGUUUUAAAUAAUAUAGAAAAUGAUAAUAUUAUACAUAAUUUUAAUAUUAAUGAUUAUUCAUUAGAUAAAAUAAUUCCAACAACGAAUUCAGAAUUAGGUGUUAAAAAUAUGUCAACAAUUUUAAAAAAUUCAUUACAUGGUAAACUUUUUGCAAAUAUGAAUUUAAAUUUAAGUGAAAAUUUAAAUGGUGGAGUUGAAGUCAUAUCAAGAAUUUUAAAUGAUCAUGGAUUAGAAAAUUUUAAAGAAAUUAAAUCAAAUAUACCAAAUUUUAAAAAAUCACAUUUUCUUGAAUCAACACCAAAUGAAGAUAUUAUUCUAAUAGCAAAUAAAAAGAAAGAUACAAAAUUGAUAAAAAAUUUUAAAACUUCAAUACCUAAUGGUAUAGUAUUAAAUUGGGAUUGGUGUGUUAGAUCAAUAUUUGCAAUGAAAAUACAACAAUAUAAAGAUUUUGAAAUUUAA